AUGGCCGAUUCUACUUUAAGUGAUAGUAUGGCUCCAACUGUUGGAAGGGUUAUGACAGUUACAGCACAAAUACCUAAUCCCUCAUCAGAUCUAUCAGAUGGAGAGUCAUCAAAAUCUUCAACAGGAGGUAAUAAUGGUAGUGAUAGUAUAAAUGAUUUAACUAAAAAAAGAAAUAUGGAUGAGACUGUUGAAAUCACUUAUGUUGUAGAAAAAAUUAUAGGAAAUGGAUCUUUUGGUAUUGUAUUUAAAGUAAAACUUCCAAAAACUGGAGAAAGUCUUGCUGUUAAAAAAGUUCUUCAGGAUCGUAGAUAUAAAAAUCGUGAAUUGGAAGUUAUUAGAAAACUUAAUCAUAAAAAUGUCAUUAGACUUAAAUACUACUUUCAUUCUAUUGGAAACAAGAGAGAUGACAUUUAUUUAAAUUUAAUGUUAGAAUUUAUAAAAGAUACUGUUCAUCGAGUAAUUAAAUGUUAUAGUAGAAAUGAUCAACAAAUACCUAUUAUUGCUACAAAAGUUUUUACUUACCAAAUAUUUCGAGCACUGGGUUAUAUACAUAAUUUAGGUAUAUGUCAUAGAGACAUUAAACCCCAAAAUUUACUUAUAGAUUGGGAAACUGGUAUUCUCAAAUUAUGUGAUUUUGGAUCAGCAAAAAAACUUGUUGAAGGCGAACCAAAUGUGGCAUAUAUAUGUUCACGUUAUUAUCGUGCUCCAGAGCUAAUAUUUGGUUCAACAUCUUACACAAAUGCUAUAGAUGUUUGGUCUGCGGGAGCAGUGUUUGCUGAAAUGCUCUUAGGUAAACCAAUCUUUCCUGGUGAAAGUGGAGUUGAUCAACUAGUUGAAAUUAUCAAAAUUCUUGGUACACCAUCAAGAGAAAAUGUUUUAAAAAUGAAUCCAACAUAUUCAGAUCAUAGAUUUCCCGAUAUGAGACCACAACCAUUAUCAUCUAUCUUUAGUAGAACAUCUUCUGAAGCAAUAAAUUUAUUGGAGAGUUUAUUACAAUACGAUCCAACUGCAAGACCAGCACCAUUAAAAGUUUUAUGCCAUCCAUUUUUUGAUGAAUUACGUAAACCUGGAGCAACAUAUAUUCACGCUAUACCUUUACCUGAAUUAUUCGAUUUUACUCCUACAGAACUUCAAAUUGAACCAUCUCUUUCUGAUUUUGUUUUAUGA